CCAAUUUCCAAACCUGAGCCAGUUCUAGGAUGUGGAAACCACCGAAUGAAGGAAAGGUCAAGUCCCCAAGAGGAAGGGACCCUCCAUCUCCACAGCAAGUACACAUGAUAAUGAUUCCUCCAUCUGCAAUAGGGACCCAUGGCCAUUUACUCGGGUAACCACAUGCUGGGAAAGGAGAAUACCCAAACAUUUUUAGGACUUUGGGAUAUAAGCUUCGUAUGUCAUUGAUACCUGGAGACCCAAAACAUCAUAAUGACCUUCCUUCUUAGAAUGGGGGCCAGCUAAUAAAUGGAAUCUUUGUUUCACAGUGAAUCUGCUGUCAUUGUCACAGUUCCUGCACAGAUAAUAGGAAUAGUCACACUUGGUUGUAGGCAAAACCACCCGGGUCCUUGGCCUGCGGGGUAAAAGCUAUGGCAGUGGGGGAUAUUCCCUUCCCUUCCAUGAGAAGUGCUCCUUCCCAAGAACACUCCCUAAUGAACAUCCUCCAUGCUCAUCUCCAUCUCAGAGUCUGUUUCUCAGAGAACUCAACCUGCAAGAGAGAGGAAAUAAGACAGUUUCAGAGAUGUCUUCCAGAAAUCCCAAAGAUUUAAUUAAAAGUAAAUGGGGAUCAAAGGCUGGUAACUCCAAAUCAGAAACUGCAUUAGAGAAAUUUAGGGGAGAAAUUGCAGCUUUAAAAACAUCAGUGGAUGAAAUCACAAGUGGAAAAGGAAAACUGACCGAUAAAGACAGACACAGACUUUUGGAGAAAAUUCGAGUCCUUGAAGCUGAGAGGGAGAAGAAUGCUCAUCAACUCACGGAGAAGGACAAAGAAAUACAGCGACUCAGAGAGCAGCUGAAGGCCAAGUACAACGCUACUGCCUUGCUUGAACAGCUGGAAGAGAAAACAAAGGAAGGUGAAAGGCGGGAACAGCUGUUGAAGUCCUUGUCGGAAGAGACAGAUGUAUUGAAAAAACAGCUGUCUGCUGCAACUACAAGACUUGCCGAACUUGAGGGCAAAGCCAGCACACUGCGUUUGUCACAGACUGUGGCUACAAGCUGUUUCAACUCAUCAAUGAGUAAUAUUCAUGAAAUGGAAAUACAGCUGAAAGAUGCUCUGGAGAAAAAUCAGCAGUGGCUUGUGUAUGAUCAGCAGCGAGAGGUCUAUGUAAAAGGACUUUUAGCAAAGAUCUUUGAGUUGGAACAGAAAUCGGAAACAGCUGCUCAUUCACUCCCACAGCAGAUAAAAAAGACUGAAUCAGAAGGUUGUCUUCAAGAAGAAAAGCAAAAAUAUUACAACCAGCUCUUGGCAAAUGCAAAAAAAGAUCUUGAGGUUGAACGACAAACCAUAACUCAGUUGAGUUUUGAGCUUAGUGAAUUUCGAAGAAAAUAUGAAGAAACCCAAAAAGAAGUUCAAGAUUUAAAUCAACUGUUAUGCUCACAAAGAAAGGCAGAUGUACAACAUCUGGAAGAUGAUAGGCAUAAAACAGAGAAAAUCCAGAGGCUCAAGGAAGAGAAUGAUAUUGCUAGGGAAAAACUUGAAGAAGAGAAGAAGAGAUCUGAAGAGCUCUUAUCUCAGGUCCAGUUUCUUUACACGUCUCUGUUAAAGCAGCAAGAAGAACAAACAAGGGUAGCUCUGUUGGAACAACAGAUGCAGGCAUGUACCUUAGACUUCGAAAAUGAAAAACUUGACCGUCAAAAUAUGCAGCAUCAGUUGCAUGUAAUUCUUAAAGAGCUCCGAAAAGCAAGAAAUCAAAUAACACAGUUGGAAUUCUUGAAGCAGCCUCGUGAGCUUGCCUUCACAGAGCCAUUAUUCACUGUCCAAGGAGAGGCUGAAAACAGAGGAACAGUUGCCUCGCCAAAAAGUCCCUCUGCUGCACUGAAUGAAAGCCUGGUGGAGUGUCCCAAGUGCAACAUACAGUAUCCCGCCACCGAACAUCGCGAUCUGCUUGUCCAUGUUGAAUACUGUGCAAAGUAGCAAUGUAAUUAGCCUUUGUUUUUGUGUCAGAAGAUUCAGUACUGUAUCUUAUGUGAGCUUAUGGACGUUUUGAAUUACUUGUUUCAUCUCUUAUAUAAGAAACUGCCUGUCUACUUUGAGACUCUGGCUUAGGAGUGAAUCAUUGUAUUUUUUUGGCUACUUUGCAUUUUCCUUGGCAACGAUACCUCCAGGCUUCAGUGACAGCAUGUGGUGAGCAGCGAAUGCUGAGACCUGAGACGACUAACAUUUUGCACUAUUAAAGUACUUGAUGGAGAAAAGAUGGUUUGGGUUAUUGCUCAUGGGUUAAAUCUGUUACACUGGCAAGCAAGUAUUUUAUGUUUUGUGGCUUUUUUAAAAUCAAAGACAAUUAACCAAGGAUCUUACCAUAUUAGCAUUUUUUUCCCCAAGUGUUUGGUAUACCUACAGUAUACCUACAGUUGAGUCCAUUGUUAAAAGAUGGUGGUACCUUUUCCAUUUUUUUCCUUGCUAUUAUAGAGUGGUUAUUAGAAAAGUUGAGAAUUUUCUUGAUCUUUUUUGCUGCUUACUGUUGAAACUGUAAACCUAGCUAUGUUCUAAGCACAAUGCAGAUUCUACUUAAGGAAUACUCCUAAGUAGCCACACACAAUGUUUUCUGUCAUAUUAGCUGGCUGUAACUUUAACUUGAAUUUCCUUAGCACAUGUUGGUUGGCUAAAAUUGUUAAAAUGAAUUUUAACAAAACUA